AUGGCCGCCCUGCAUUCUGUCCGCUGCGAGUACACCGAGGGCAGCUCUUCGAAAUUCUGGGAAUGUGCACGCUGGGACAAAACUACGGUCGUGUCCUUUGGGAAGAUCGGAGGUGUUCCCUCCACUAGUACGAAGGUGCACAAAGACUUUGCGGCUGCCAUAGCCUUCUUGGAGAAGACACAGGUGUCCAAGGAAAAGAAAGGCUACCACGUGACAGGCAAGGCAAAAGUCACCAGGAUGCCGCCAGGGGCCGGAAAGAGUGCCGGUGCCAAGGCGAAGGCUAAGCCAAAGGCCAAGGCAGCGGCCAUGAAGGCCGUCAUGAAGACAGCCAUGAAAUCUACGUCCAUAUCGGGAAAGAAGAAGCUGGCCGGCAAGACCCUCUGCUUCACAGGCGCUUUGACUAUGAAGCGUGGGCUUGCGAAGACAAUAGCAAAAGCAGCCGGGGCCAAGGUCACCUCCUCAGUAUCCAAGCUCACAGACAUUCUGGUGGUGGGAAAGGAUGCGGGCUCAAAGGUUUUGAAGGGUGCCCCGCAUAUGCAGUACUGGGACGAGAAAAAAUUCAUCAAGAUGGCGAAGUGA